GUUUCUGGUUGGCCUAUACUCCCCGAGAUACUCCCGACGUUGUCCGGCCAGAUGCCGCACCAGCCCGUGAGGCUAGCUAUGCACCCACACCUCGGCCGUGAUACACACUACCAUGGCGAGCCAGCUACAGUACCGCAAGACAGUUAGACAGUCGUCACUGCACGCCAGAGCCGGUGCAAUGCAUGCUGCCGAUAUGGUGCAUUUACGCCAUUUGAACCGCAGCAUACCGUUCUACAUGCUCUUGAGUGACACACCAAGUCGGCGUGGCGAGGAUGACGGCGAUGCUGCGAGCGGCAUAGAUCUUAGGAGUGCUGGACAGGCGGAGGCGGAAGUGAUGGAGUUAGGGAUGCUUCAAGCGGCGUGGGAGCGUGAGGAGCUGCUGCGCGUGCGUCCUGUGGACCGUGCUCCGGUGAUGCGUCUGUCGCGGACGAUCGACUCCGUUCAGACUGCGACGCGUAUCACUAAACCGUGCGGCAGCGGUAGGAGGAGGAGGAGGUCCUUGGCCUUCGUGCUGUGUGUUCACCGAAACUCUGGCGAGGGGAGCGGCCCUCGCCGGAGGACUCGUGUUACCAUGAACACCCGGCAACUGAACCGGGCCAGCCUUCUCAUGAGUACGUUGACCUCCAUCGUUCUCCAUGAUUGUUUAGCAGCGGUUGUGAGUGUAAUGUGGUGGUAGCCUUGCGGUGGGAGUGGAGGCGGA